AUGGCAAGUUUCAAGAUUUGGGCUCUUCAAGUUAUUAUAGAGAAAGGAAGCCUCAAGCGUAUACGCAAUGAUCAUGGGGGAGAAUUUCAGAAUGAGGUGAUGAUGAAGUUCUGCAAUGAACAUGGUAUAGCUCACCAGUUUUCGGCACCCAGAACACCACAUAUGAAUGGAGUUGUUGAGCGAAAGAACAGAACACUUCAGGAAAUGGCGAGAGCAAUGAUCUAUGGAGGAAACAUUCCAGUGAAGUUUUGGGCUGAAGCAAUCAACAUAGGCUACAUCAGAGGAACAGUGGACAAGACUCUGUUCAUACUUGAGAAGGAAGAUGAUGAUGAUGGUGCAGAUCUAUGUAGAUGA